UGAAGCUCAAACUGCUUCUUAAUCUCAUCCUUGUCACCAGAGAAUCCCAUCCUUUUGAGGAACACCACCAGAGCAGAAAUGGCUAUAGCUGGAACAGGAAGUCCACUGAACUAUUCAAACUUCACAGAGAAAGACAGCUGCAACGCAGACCGCCAAGUCAGCCAAGUGGUGUUCUCAGUCCUCUACUCCGUCCUCUUCAUCGCUGGCAUCACGAUGAAUAGCCUGGCAGUAUGGGUCUUCUUCCAAAUCCCGAGUAAGUCCAACUUCAUUGUCUACCUAAAGAACACAGUGGUAGCCGACUUGCUCAUGACCCUGACGUUCCCGUUUAAAAUCAUCAUCGAGUCAAGCUUCCGAACACCAACCCUCCAGUUCAUUGUCUGCCAGAUCACUUCCGUCAGCUUCUACUUCACCAUGUACAUCAGCAUCAUGUUCCUGGGGCUGAUCAGCGCCGAUCGCUACCAGAAGGCGGCCAGGCCUUUCGGGAGCUCAGCCAAGUGCAGGCCCCGCUCGGCAAAAAUCUGCUCCGUGGCCGUGUGGCUCGUCAUGUUCCUGCUCUCGUUGCCCAACAUGGUGCUGAUCAAAGGUAGCAGCAUGCCCAAGAACCAACGCAAGUGCUCCUCCCUCAAGACAGACAUGGGGCUAAAAUGGCAUGAGAUUGUCACCUUUGUCUGCCAGGUCAUCUUUUGGUGCAAUCUGGCCAUUAUCGUUGGCAGCUAUCUGCUGAUCUCUCGGGAGCUUUACAAGUCCUACCAAAGAACGCGAGGCAGCUCCAGCCAAGCCAACAGACAGGUGAACUUCAAUGUCUUUAUCGUACUUGGGGUGUUUUUUGUCUGUUUUGUGCCUUUUCACUUUGCCAGAAUCCCGUACACACUCAGCCAAACGAGAGGCGCCUUUGACUGCACCACGCAAAUCGCCCUUUACUACACGAAGGAGAGCACCCUGUGUCUAGCGGCGUUUAAUGCCUGCCUCGACCCCUUCAUUUACUUCUUCCUGUGUCGCUCCUUCAGGAACACCUUAUUCGAAAAGCUGAACAUCCACGUGCAAAGACUGCGCCAAAGAGGCGAAAUGUCAACAAGCAAUGAGAUCGCACUUUAACCUCUCUACCUGUUGUUGAUAAUUACCAAACAGCCCCAUCUUUCUCGCUCGUUCAUGUAAACAGACUCGUAGCAGUUUUAGAAAAUAACAAAGUUGUACCUUUUUUGUAAAUAAAUUAACCAGCUUUUUUGACAGUAAAA